AAAAAAAAAAAAACCCGCUUGGGAGGCUUGGAGGGGAGAAAAUAUGGAGUAUCUCUCAGGAUACGCAGCCGCCAAGGCCCCUUACCUCACUUAUGAAAUCGAGGGCUCGCCGCGAUCGCGCAAAAAGCCGACCCGUUCCAACUCGACGGCUGCGCCGGUGAUACAGAAGCGAUCGCGCACCAUUUCGGGCCACACGCACGCCAGGACGAACAGUGCGAGCACAAGCAGCAGCGGCGGGCGCAUUGAGCAUAACGCACCACCGCCGAACAGCGCAGGGUGGCUGCAGCAGGCACCGGCCGGCGCCGACGCCAGCGGAAGCCGACACGAGUCAGCAGGCACCGCAGUGGCGUCGAGCCUGCCAGACUGUGCGGAUUCGACGCCCGAGCAGCAUCGUGACCACCACCACAAUAACCACUACUAUCCCCCUACGGCGCGCCGCAAUUCGAACCGUGACCACGACCACGACCACGACCACGACCACGACCACGACCGCCACCGCCACCGCCACCGCGACCAUCGGAUGUCGUCGUCGCACAAAUACUUCCAGGACAAGCAGCUGCCGGCGACGCCCCGACUCAACAUCGCGUCAGACGCCAGCGCCAGACCCUUGGGCACCGGCAACAACUCGGAACCCGCCACGGCCGCCCAUAGUGUCGGCAAUCCCGGCGCGGUCGUUGCCGCCGUCACCUUUCCCGACCGUCGCACGCAGCAGCACGGGGCCAUGCUCUCGGCAUACCCGGACGGGUCAGGUAGGAUGCCUGUCCCCGGCGGCGGUGGCGGCACCCGGGCCGAGAGCAUAUCCAGCGUCUCGGGCGCCACCACCAUGAGCAGCCGCACGAUGCACUCGACCGAGCACACGUCCGAGUCGGCCCAUCAACACCGGCCCUUCGUCGUCCGCAACGGGCGCACCUACCUCGCCGACCCCACCCUACCAUAUCCCUUACCGGUCGACCUGGAGGAGCUGCACCGGCAGAGCCUCAAGACCAUGCUCCUCAUGCAGCUGUUCGGCCGGCCAAUAUGCUCGCCCGCGUUCGCCAACAAGCCGCCGCCGCGGAUCCUCGAGGUGGGCUGCGGGAGUGGCUUCUGGAGCAUGAUGUGCUACAAGCACUACGAGGCGCGGGGCCAGCACAAGGACGUUUCCUUCACCGGCAUCGACAUCGUACCGCUGCCACCCAACGCGUCCCCGAGCGACGGCGCUGCCGACCUGCGGCCGGACAAGUCCAUGAAUUGGCGCUUCGUGCAGCACGAUCUGCGCAAGGUGCCGCUUCCCUUCCCCGACGCCAGCUUCGACCUCAUCAUGGUCAAGGAUAUGGCGCUCACGACCCCAAUGUCGAUGCAACAAACCCUCAUCGAGGAAUACAUCCGCCUCCUCACCCCCGGCGGGACCAUCGAGAUCUGGGAGACCGACAACAUGAUCCGCAUGCUCCGCCCCCAUGUGCCCGAUUGCACCACUACCUCGGGGCCGACCGAAUGCAGCUGUGCUGACGGCGACAGUCACGCCUCGCCCAUGACCACCACCACCACCACCACCACCACCACUACCACCGCAGCAGCGGCGGAGGCGGCGCACGCCCCGGACGGCGGCGACGGGACCGUCUCGAACGACAACGACAGUAGCAACACCACCACCGCAACCAAGGACAAGGAGACCGAGAUUGGCGGCGCCUACAUCAUGACCGCCAACACGCCGCUGUCGACCCCGCUCAACAACUUCCUCGUCGAGUACAACAUGUGGGCCUCGCGCGCCCUCGAGGCCCGCGCCCUCUGCGCCAUGCCCUGCACCGUCAUCGGCCCGCUGCUGAUCCAGGAGGACGAGAUGCUGACGGGCGUCGGCUCCCGCCGGCUCGCCGUGCCGCUCUCCGAGAUCCGGUGGGAGCGCGAGGGGGUCGGCGGCGUCGUGACCAAGGACGGCAAGAGCUACAUCGAGACCAAGGCCGUCCGGCGCGUCGGCGAUAACAACGACGGCGGCGGCGGCGGCACGUCCGGCCCGGGCAGGGACGGCGGCGGCGGCUGUCGGGCACAUAGGGGCCUGGACCCGGCGGCCGCGGCGCUCAGGAGGACGGCGCUCGUGACGGUCGUGCAGAUGAUCCAGGGCCUGGAGCCCAUGCUGCGCGAGGCCAGCGGCAAGAACCAGGACGAGUGGGACCUGUGGGUGGGUAAGAUGAUGAACGACCUGGUGAGGGAGAACGGGACGAGCUGGGGCGAGUGCCUGGAGGUGGGCGCGUGGUGGGCGAGAAAGAGGUGAAUAUGAUCUCUUCUCACAUACUCUCUCUCUCUGUCUCUCUCUCUCUCUCUCGUCGCCUCUGACCGCUGCAUGGAGCGAAAUGCACGCAGCUUGGGGAGGAGGAGUAGGAGUAGGAGGAGGAGAGAGUGGGUUGCUGGCUCAUCGGCUCCAAUACGAGGACAGGGAGGUGGGAAAGAGUGAUAUACGGAAAGUCUGCAUGUAUGUACGGAGUAUGCAUAUGUAUGUACAUACGGUCUGUGAAUGUGUUGGUUCAAGGGUGCUUGGUUUUACUGUCUUAGGUAGCUGUUAUUUUAUCUAGGAAGGGCCGGAAUCCACAACAAAUUUUCUUUUUUUCUUCGUCCUAUGCUCCAUCGUAUCGUUUCCGCAAGGUUCUGUAUCGUUUGAGGUAGUAGCU